UCCCAGCUGAAGAUGCUGUCAACUCUUUUGUCUCUGUGCAUCUUCCUGUCCUUCGUCAAUGGCUUAGGACUAAAGAUUCUUACAUAUGGGCGUUUUUAAAAAAAAAAAGCCUUGAUCGAGAUUUUCAAACACUUCUUCAACAACUCAAGUCAAGCUGUUUAGUUUCUCAGAUGCAACUGAUAGUUCAACUACACUCCACUGAAACCACCUGCCACCUUUUUUCUUAAUCUUUCUCUCAACACAUGGAAGAGAUCUUCAAAUUACAAGAAAGUCGAGGUUUUUCAUUUUCCUGCUGAUUCUUCUAUUACAAAACAAGGGUUCCUGGAAAAGAUCUCACGGACAAAGUUGUCAUUCUUCACGAUCUUUGUCUAAUUAGAUUACUGUUCUGUUUUAGAUCUUAGUUAGCUAAAAAACGGUUGUAAUAUAAUGGGUUCUUUGCCUCCUGUAAUGGAGAAUCAACGUAGCUUUCUAGGUAACUCCAUCGAGGUACAAGACAGUCUCAGAUGCGUUGGUACAGAGAAUCAUCCAAGAAAGGGAAGACCUUUGGAGAAGCAAGUUAGUUUCCAACAUGGAACCGAAGGAAGAGCAAUGGAGAGGCAGAGAAGCUUGCGUGGGUUCGUCGAGAAACAGAAAAGCUUUCGUGUAGUGAUAGAGAGACAGUUAAGUUUCAUGAAUGGUGAGAGGAAGAUGAAGAAGAAUGAGUCACCGGUAAAAGAGGAGACUCUCUCUCCACAUUGCAGCUCGAACAGGGAACUUGGGAAAGGUUAUGGAAUCGAUUCGAAGUUGUAACGGUGCUGAAGAGUUAAGGGAGUUGCUGUCAAAGCAAAAUCUAGAAGGAGAGACUCCUCUUUAUACCGCAGCAGACAAUGGACAUUCCUUAGUUGUUGAAGAGAUGUUGAAGCAUAUGAAUCUUGAAAUCGCAUCUAUUGCAGCUAGGAAUGGGUUUGAUCCUUUCCAUGUCGCAGCAAAACAAGGCCAUCUCGAAACAUUGAAGAGACUCUUGGAGACGUUUCCGAACCUAGCCAUGACAACUGAUUUAUUGUGCACAACAGCAUUACACACGGCUGCUACACAGGGACACAUUGAUGUGGUGAAUCUUCUUUUGAAGACGGAUUCUCAUUUAGCUAAGAUAGCUAAGAACAACGGUAAAACCGCCCUUCAUUCCGCAGCUCGGAUGGGGCAUGUUGAAGUUGUCAAGUCUUUGAUAGGUAACGAUGCAAGCAUUGGGUUUAGAACUGAUAAGAAGGGACAAACAGCGCUUUAAUGCAUGGUUGUCUCCUCUACUAAUAUAUGGUGAUGUUCAAAGAGGUUUUGAACCUUUGUUGUCUUCAUUUCUCUAGAGAAUAGCUAUUUUAUAAUGGUUAGUCCAUUAAUUUAUGGAGUAUAUGAAGUUUUACUAAAUUAAUUUAUAAAAAAAAUUGAACGAUG